AUGUUCAGCAGCCUCAAGAAGAAGCUCUCGCGACGAUCGUCGAACCUACUGUCUGAUACAACGCCUGUUCACCCAGCCAAAAGCGUGGGGUCCGGAAGCUCACGUCUCGCGCCCCCGCCCGUCAGCAAUCCGUACUCGUCAGUAUCGCCUGUGACACGUCGACCCAACAGCGCCAACACAAAUCUAUUCACAAGCUCAAGCGACGCUCCACCUGCUUACAGCCCAGGUCCGGCACAGAACGCACAGCUCACCAUGAAUACGUCUAGCACAGCUCCCACCGCAGACGAUCAGUAUGCAUUCUUGAAGUCCUUUGACACAAUAUUUCUCAUCGAUGACUCCGGAUCUAUGGCUGGCCGCUCCUGGCGUGAAACUGGCAAGGCUCUCGAAACGAUCACACCUAUCUGCACGGAGCGCGAUGCCGACGGCAUUGACAUCUACUUUCUGAACCACCCAGACUCUUCCAUCUAUAGGAACGUUACAGCCGCCAGAACGGUCAUCGAAAUUUUCCAGACUGUGCGACCCGGUGGCGCAACACCUACAGGUCAGCGACUACAUAAAAUUCUCAAGCCCUACCUGCAGCGCUAUGAGAAGGACCCUGAGGCCACUAAGCCCAUGAACGUCAUUGUCAUCACCGACGGGGAGCCAUCAGACGAUGUCGAAGCCCCCAUCAUUGCAUGCGCAAAGAAGCUCGAUAAGCUCGAUGCGCCAGCGUGGCAGAUCGGCAUACAGUUCUUCCAGGUUGGCAAGGAGGCCGGCGCGCGAGAGGCACUCAAGCAGCUCGACGAUGGUCUGCGAGAAGUUUCUGGCGACGACGAGCUGAGGGAUAUCGUCGAUACUGUGCCCCUCACCGGUGACGACGAUACCGAGCUUACGGGCGAAGGAGUCCUUAAAGUCCAAGCGCGCAGCAAGCAUCCAUCAAUACCGCCGCCACCUUCCGCCUAA